UUGUAUGUCCCUCAUACUCUUCAUCAUCUUCACCUGUUGUGUCCCUCAUACUCCUCAUCCUCUUUUGUGUGUGUCUGGAUGUAAGAUCUAGAUCUACACAUCUAAAGCACGAUCAGUAGCUAAAAAUCAGGCGUCCCUUUACAGGAGCAUUACUACGACCCUCACAGCGGCUCGGGUUACCUGGCAUGGAGGUUGAAAACAGUCCAGCGCAACUCGUCAAAUCGCGCCCCGAGAUCUCUCUCCACCUAUCAGGACGCGCCGAGGUCUGUCACCACCUAUCAGGACGGGCCAAAGGCCCAGCGCCCCGCCCACUCGGCGCCUCCACAGCUCUCCGCUGAGCAGUGUCAGGAGGCCGUGUCGGUCAUGAGUCGCUCCGCUGACGCGGCGCUCGUGAAGGACAACAUGAAGGCCACGUUCGGGCACAGGCAGGAGAUGGUGCACAAUCCGGAGAUGUCUUCAGUUGUGAUCGACCUUUUCCCGCGGUUCAUGGACACACCUGGCUUGGUUAGUCAGGACUUCACCAUGCUGUUUGGAGAGGAGGUGUCCGGCCGAUUCCUGUCCCAGUGGCAAACGUUCUACAAGCCCAGAAUCAUCGCCGACUGUAAGCGACUCCCUCACAGCACACACAUGAACAGCCUCCUGUCGUCACUGAGCCAGCCGUCCGACUGGUCCGAUGAUUGGGACAGUGACCUGGCAACCAUACUUUUGCUCCUGCAUCUUUUGCCCCCAACCUCACAGGGCAAGAAGCAUAAGAAGAUAAGUGCGUCUGAAGCUGGUGACCGGCUGGUAAAAUUCAUGAGAACAGGGCAAAGCAUGGCAAACGUCCUCAUCGGGAGUCAACCAGCAGCCCCGUUCCUUCUCUGUGUCGGAGAGAGGAAGAGUAGCAUCCAGAAUUACUUCAUCGUCAUGGAGCAAAAGGCCAUUCCCUGUGAGGCGAACACCACCGUCGCGGCCCUCGACGAACUCUUCAAGACGCACUUUGUGUUCGGCUUGUCCUACGACGAGCCUUUGUGUAACCUUUUCACGUUCGUGCAGACCACGAUGUACGGCAUCGACGUGGGCACUGCCAAGGAAAGUCCGAGAGUGAGAGAAAUCCGUGCCAGACUCCUCAACAACAGCCACUGAGAAGGAGACUGGGGGGGGGAUAUAUUUCACAAGUUUUAUUUGUGAGGUGCUCUUGAGAAAGUGUUACUUUUGUGUCAGUUUCACAUUGAGAAUUUCAUCACAUGUGUUUGUACCAUACAAUUCUGGUACUUCCAUGGGUAAAAAAAAAAAAAAAGUUGCGUAUUUGUACAGUUUUGUUUUGCUUGGAUGAAGGUAUCAGGAAUGCUGUAAAGGCACUGAACGGUAGUUAUCGAUCAUGGUGAUUCUGGUUAUAACCUACAGACAAUCAUAGGAUGUCGUCAUUGAGUCUUUUCAGUACAUUUACCAGGACAUGUAGGGUAGCUUUGAACGACCUAAAAUUUGUGAUUGGUGUUGACGAUCGAGUUCAACAGCCAAUCAAAUUACACCCCUCCUUCCGUACUCCUGAAGAACCGUACUGAUUGGCUGGAAUUUAUUGGCUUAGCUAAUUAGUUAUUUAAUGUAAAGUUCUCAGAAAUCAGCCACCACACUUAUGAUAAUGUAUAUGGACACAUGUUUGGAUUCUUGACCAUGUGGUCAAUAGUUGAUUGUACCUCCAGCUAAUUUCAAAACUUUCAUUUUUUUUAAAUAGCUUUAUACAUGUUUUUUUCUUUCUUUUAUUUAUUAUAUUGUUGAGUGAUGAUCAUAUGUGUGAUAUUUGAUAACGUUUGCUUUUUCAGAUGCCACCUGUAUAUUUGGAAAAAUGGCGACAUUUUAAUAAGAUGUUGAAACAUGUAACAGUGUUUUUUUACUGUUCUUGAGAAAUUUUAAUAAAAUGUUAAUGUCUA